ACCACCUCCUUGUUUGAGCAUGGGAAAGCCUGUUUGGGCUAGCAAAGGAAGCUACAGUCAACGCAAUCAUGCUCUGAAGUUUACAUAUGUUUAGCGAACAACAUAUAAUUAAAAUGAUGCGUUGCCUUAUAUGUAACGAUAUCUUCUAGUAAAAGAGGUAGCUGUUGCAAGGCGGAAUGUGCCUUAUUUUACAUCCUCGUCGACCAGAUGGCUAUGAAGUGGCUGGCUAACGUUAGCUAAACUAAACUGGCUUACUUACAAACUGGCAACCUGCUAAUCCCGAUGUUAAUCCACUGUCAGAAGAUGUGUCUCUCGAUUCGGACGAGAUGUGCUGAAUGACUGAGUUGAAAGCCUUGUUGCUUAUGCUUAACGUUGCAUUUAACUUACACCGUUAAUUUAAAUGUUAAGACGUGACUUUUUCAAGGCAACCAGCCAAUAUCAUUUAACAAAAACGUGAGCUAACGUUAGCAAGAAGACGUAUCGUUUUGUAAAGAUGGAAAUAAACUUGAAUCAUGUUGAUUAUGUGCAGGUUGGAGUGACCUCUCAGAAAACGAUGAGACUGCUGCCUGCGAUAGGACGCAAAGCUACUCAAAAGGUGGCAGUGGCAGAUCAUGAUGGUGUACUGACAUGCUUUGGGAUGAAAAAGGGAGAGGCAGUGCCUGUGUUUAAGACGCUACCAAGCCAAAAGAUAUCCAGGCUGGAACUGGGGGGAGCCCAAGGGACUCCUCAGGAGAAGAUCUUUGUGUCUUGUGGUUCUGAAGUUAGAGGCUUCACCAAGAAGGGAAAGCAGUUCCUGUCCUUUGAAGCCAAUCUGACAGAGACCAUAAAUGCCAUGCACGUUUCCGGAGCUGAUCUUUUCGUGUGUGCCAGCUACAUCUACAACCACUACUGUGACUGUAAGGAUCAGGACUACUACCUGUCCGGGGACAAAAUCAACGACAUCGUGUGCCUGCCAGUGGAGAGGGUGGGGCGCACCGUGCCCAUUCUAGCCUGCCAGGACCGCGUGCUGAGAAUCCUUCAGGGAUCUGAGCUUCUGUAUGAUGUAGAAGUCCCUGGGCCUCCAUCAGUUUUGGAGCUCAACAACCAAGAUGGGGGUAAAGAGGGAGAGGAAGUUCUCUAUGGGACUACAGAUGGGAAACUUGGACUGGUGAAAAUAACAGAAUCCUCUCCUGUUUCAAAAUGGGAAAUCAAUAAUGACAAGAGGAAAGGAGGGAUACUGUGUAUUGACACGUUUGACCUUGUCGGUGAUGGGGUGAAGGAGAUCUUGGUAGGAAGAGAUGACGGAACCGUGGAGGUCUAUGGACUUGACAGCUCAAAUGAACCGACUCUGCGCUUCCAACAUGUUCUGUCAGAAAGCGUUACAUCAAUCCAGGGAGGCUGUGUAGGAAAAGAGAACUAUGAUGAGGUGCUGACAGCCACCUACACAGGCUGGGUGACGGGACUGACCUCUGAGCCCCAGCAGAUGGAGGCCGGUCCUGGAGAGGAGGUGAAGAUGAGCAAAGAGACCCAGGCCAAGGUGGCGGCCCUCAGGGCUGAGUUAGAGCAGCUGCAGGUGAAGGUCCUGCAGGGCCGAGAGAAGUACCAGCAGAGUUCUCAGUCCAGCACUGCCGUCUCGGCCGUCCCUGUGUUCAGCGUCAACGACAAGUUCACCCUGUGCCAGGACGACGCUAGCUACAGCCUCACCCUCGAGGUCCAGACUGCCAUCGACAACUUACUGCUGCAGAGUGACGUUCCUAUCGACUUACUGGAUGUAGACAAGAACUCUGCUGUUGUGAGCUUCAGUGAGUGUGACUCAGAGCAACCAAACGGCAAUUUUCUUCUGGCUACAUACAGGUGCCAAGCAAAUACCACCAGGCUUGAGUUGAAGGUGAGGUCUAUCGAGGGCCAGUAUGGCACUCUCCAGGCAUACAUCACCCCUCGCCUGCAGCCCAAGACCUGCCAGGUGCGCCAGUACCUGAUCAAGCCUUUAUCGCUCCACCAAAGAACCCACUCCAUCGACCAGGACAGACCCGUGAACACGCUGAACCUGGUUGGGCAGUUCAGCUUUGCGGAGAUCCACUCAUGGGUGGUGUUCUGUCUGCCAGAGGUGCCCGAGAAGACCCCUGCAGGAGACAACAUCACAUUCUACUUCCAGAACACCUUCCUUGGCACCCAGUUGGAAGCUACUUACUGCAAAGGGGAGGCACACUUCAAAUCUGACAACAUCUCCACAAUAUCAAUACUAAAGGAUGUCCUAUCCAAAGAGGCCACAAAGAGAAAAAUUAACCUGAACACAUCUUACGAUAUAAAUGAAGACUCAGUGAGCCAUACACUGAAGAUGAUUCACCCUAAGCUGGAGUACCAGUUGUUACUAGCCAAAAAGGUGCAGCUUAUUGAAGCACUAAAGGAACUGCAGGUCCACGAAGGCAAUGCAGAUUUCCUUAUUCCUGAGUAUCGUGGUAUUCUAGAUGAGUCUGCCCACCUGCUGGAAGAGUACAAGAAGCAGCCAGCCCAUUUGGAAAGAUUAUACGGUAUGAUAACUGAUCUCUUCAUUGACAAAUUCAAGUUUAAAGGACAAAAUGUGAAAACAAAGGUUUCGUUGUUACUGGAAAUUCUUGAUAACUAUGAUCUGAAUUCUUUAAUGGAUUUUUUCAAUGAAGCUUAAUCCAUUACAUGGUACAAUGGAUACCUUAUUUAUGUUGUGUAGCUGUUUGUCUUAUUUUGUCAGUAGACCACUUGUCUUGUAAAUGAUCAGGUUUUGUCUAGAAAAUUAAAAUCUCAAGAUAUUUUCUGUAUUGCCUUUAAGGAAUGGCCAUACAUUAUACUUUAAUAUACUCUGC